UCCAUUAUUUGUUCUUCAUGUUUGUCCGUACAAGAGAAACCAAAUUGAAUAUUCUCUGAAACCGUUGUUCGUUAAUCGCAAUGAUCCAAUCUCACCGCCAACGAAGAGAUGCAUGAAUUUAUCGCCACAAUUUCACAGAAUCUGUAAACGUUCUUUUUUUUUUUCUCCGCCAUGGACGAUCUUCCGCCUUCGUUAGUUCUUGAAAUCUUGAAUCGACUGUCCGAUUCAGCCGAUUUGGCUCGGUGCCGUGUGGCUUCCAAAUCUCUUAAUGUUCUUUCUCGUGAGGUUAGGUCAGUGAACCUAUUUUGUUCAUUGGAUCGAUAUCUCAAGUCUAGGGCUGUGGAGACGAGGUUGUUAGUAAUGCCUUUCAAGGUCAUAUUGAAGAGUCUGAUGAACGAUUUUGUGGCUCUCGAUUCUGUGUCGAUCGGUGUGGAGAAGUCGCUUGGACGGAUUUCGUAUGAGCACGACGAUGUUGAGGAUUGGUCUGAUGACUUGUUCUUGACGGAUGUUGGUUUCGCUAGGGAAUGGCUGCCGGCGAUUGGUAGAGGCUUGACUUCCUUGUCAAUAGUGGAUUUUUGGGUUCAAUCAUGCUGGAGGCAAUCGAAGAUUUUGGCGCUAAUUACUUUAUGCUGUGGCAAUCUUCAGGAACUUGAAUUGAAGAACGCUUGGUUGUCUGUGGAUGGUCUGAAUAGAUUGAAUUCCCUCAAGUGUCUGACCCUAGAAUUUAUAAGAUUAGAUGAUGAAGAUCUGAGCGAGGUUAACUAUAACUUCCCUCAUCUUGAAAUUCUUAAUUUGAUAGGGGUUGGGGGCCUAAAUGAACCAAAAAUUCAUCUGUCACAGCUUAAAACCUGUCGAUGGACAGUGUCAAAUGCUCCAGUUUCUCUGAGCAUAUGUGCACCAAGCCUAUCAAAACUUGAACUGAAGUGUGUCAAACCAAAAUCUCUUAUUAUCCAAACUCCCAUGGUAUCUGAUUUUCAUUUUUGUCUACAAGAUGCAAGUGGGUUACAAGUUAAUGAAUUUCCUUGCUUGAGAAAGCUUCAGCUUCAUUUUCCGUGUCUUUACAGUCUCAUCACAACAUUUUCAUCUGCAAGAACUAUAAAGGAACUCACUCUCAAUACAAUGCAACGUGCUGAAUCUGUUGAAUCUGUUAAGCUUUGCCUUGAUACACUGUUUGAAAUAUUUCCAAAUCUUAGCUUUCUUAAAUUGGGUCCAGGAGUUUUCUCAGAAGCCGAGACUUGUUAUCAAGCUGAAGGUUUGGAUGGGCGGAUAGGGAUGAGAGAUUUGAAAAAGAUUCAUGCUAGCCUUGAAACCUACAAGAUUGAGUUAAAACUUCCAUUUAUCAUUCCCAUUUUGGAAAAAUGUACUGACUCCCUCGGUAUGGAAUUGCUCAUCUAUCACAAUGCCGAUUCUCACCUUGCUGGUGGAAUUAUGUCAAAACGUGCAGUUAAUCAUCCAAGACCAAAAUGGAGAUGGGAACUGUGGAAGGAAGGAUUAAAAGAACCGUGGGCUAAGGGCAUUUGAGCUGUCGAGUGUAAUUGUCAUAGUGAUGGUACAAACUUUUGCUCCUGAAGGUGCAAAGCUUCAAAAGAGGCAAAUCCAUGCUGUUUAAAAACUAAGCCUGCCAUCUUUUGAAAUUGGCAGACUUAUGAGGGUUCUAAAGAACGCCAAAGAACUCAGUAGAUCAAUGGAAUGACCCAAAAGCAAUCCUACAUAUGAUUCCGGAUCUAUAAAAUUACUUUUUUGAUCUUUUAUGUUCAGAUCUUUGCUUGAAGUCUCCUGUUGAUACUUGGUUCGAGAAAAACUGCUGCUGCUGCUGCUGAGAAAUUUGAAAAAAGGGUCAGUUCUUUUGCACCUUCAUUUUAUACUCUACAAGAUAUCCUUAAUAAUUGCAAUGAUCAGUCUGUACAUAUUUCCAACAAAUAAUGAUAUUUGUUCCCGACACAAGAUUGAAUGUCUGAUGCCUCUUAUUUGGAUAGAGAGAUUAGUUUGUACCAUAAACUAUUUCAUCCAUUAACCUGAAUGCUAUGCUCAGUGAUUUGAUUGUAUGGGGUUUACAUACUUAAAAAUAUUAUUUCAGAGACAGAGCUGGUAUAAUUAGAUGGUUAAGCUGCUCAUGAUGUCUAGUCACUUUGCCUGAGUUUCAGGUUGCUGUGAGCUCCACCCUUUCGAUCAACCUCUAAGGAUACUUCCUUACUCUUUGAUUGAAACUAAAGGGAAAACAUGGUUCCAACAAGAAUACAAGACAGCCCAGCCAAUUCAGGAGAGCCGGGUGCAGCUGUAGAGGGAAGAGAUGGGAGUAAUCAGGUGGGUUGACACUGCUCAUGAUGUCAAAUUGUCAUGCUGGUUCAGAAAAUCUUAAGUUCCUGGGUAGGCCAGCCCCUCCAUCAAUCCAAACAAAAAGGGUUCCAUCAUUAUCAUUAAAAGAUCGAUAGUUACUAUUCAAUAGGAAUAGAGAUUCGAACCUAUGAUUCAUAUGAAAUGAGAAUGGGACUUCUUCAUCCUGCAACAUUAAAUUGUCUUUUAAAGAUCGAUAGUUAGUUCUCAAUUGCCCACACGAUAUCUGAUUGUGUUAUUAUUGACAGAUAUCAUACCGUUUAAUUUCGCCGAAGGAGAAAUAAGAAAUGGAACAAGAACAAGAGAGGAACAUAAAUAUGAAUGGUCAUUGACACUUCGGCAUUAUAAUAAUACCAAGUGGUUCCCUUUA